UGGUGAUGUUGUGUCUGGAUGUUUUUUUUUUUUUUUUUUUUUCAGGUCAUGAAUCUGAUCAGAUUACUAGUCCUUAAGUUUUAACCAGUUAGGUUAUGAACAUUAGUUAACCCACUUUUAUGUAUUUUUUCUUGUUUUCUUCCCGCACAUUAUUGCAUUGGUUAUCGCUUCUAGAUUUAUCAACAUUUGUUUGUGUUUCUGUAUCCAUUGAGGAUUAUGUUGUAUAGUUGUUUUAUUUUAAUAUACUUUAAUAAUAAGAGAGCCCUUUCUUUUAGACACUGAGUGGUCAUGUGUGAAUCUGUGUGCUAAGGACAAUUUUUUAUUUUUUAAAUCCCAAUAUACAAAUUGCUUAACUGUCGAUGGGUAAAAAUCAGCAUAUUUCAUAUUUUUCUACAUUUUGGGAGUCCUAGGUUUUAAGCGUUAUGUAUAGUGUAAACCUACAAAUUGAGCUCAGUUUUGCUAAACGUUUAGGGACGAAACUUCAAGCAUCAAGAUGUACAAUGCAAAAUGAGUUACUAAACUGUAAUUGCUACUUUCAUUAAAAAUGAAAAAAAAAAAUGGGAACAACUUUUACAAUGUCUCUUGUUGUCAUUUAUACAUCGGCAUCAAAAUACUCAUUAAAUCUUUACAUGUGAAUUUUUGAUAGAUUGUUUGAAAUUUGGAAGUUAUUUAUUUUUGGCUCUGUUUUUUAGGUGAAUGUGCAGAGUCUUUCACUUAUGUUCAAGUUUGGGAUGAGAAAUGAUGAUGCUCUGUGUUGACUGUAGAUGGCGCUGUAAAGCAGCGGCUUCAUGUUACAGCGCAGUCGCUCUUCUGGUGAAUCCGUUCACUAUUAACGGCCUAAAGCAUAGAAUCAUUUCUUCACGAUCAUAUCCUAAUGAAUAAACUCCGACCUGACUAAUCCGUGGAGAUGGGAAUAUUAAAGAUAAACGAGCAGUCACUCCUGGUCCAGGCAGUUUUUAGCCAGAAUGCUGAAAUGGUGGACUUUUUGUUGGAGCAACAUGAAGAUGUCAAUGAACUGGACCACGAGUGGCGCACUGCGUUGCAUGCUGCAGCUUAUGUUGGAGGUGUUUAUAUCAUGGAGCUCCUCAUCAGUUCAGGUGCUGAUGUCAAUGCUAAAGACCAGGACUGGCUGACUCCUCUGCAUCGAGCAGCUGCCUCUCAGAAUGAAGAGUCUGUUGGGCUGCUUCUGAGAAAGGGAGCUGUAGUGAAUGCACAGGACCGGUUCUGUCAGACGCCGCUGCAUGUAGCUGCAGCCAACAGAGCCAUGAAGUGUGUCCAGAUGCUGCUUCCUUACGUGAGCGGCCUGGAUGCAGCUGAUCGCUUCGGGAGAAGCGCUUUACAUCACGCAGUCCACAGUGGACACGCAGAGACAGUGACCCUGCUCCUAAAUAAAGGGGCCAACGUGAGUGCCCGAGACAUAAAGGACAGACAGCCUAUCCAUUUGGCUUCUUAUCUAGGGCAUCUGGAGGUGGUCAAGCUCUUAGUAGCGUGCAGCGCUGAUGUGUCCUGUAGGGACAAGCAGGGGUUUACCCCUCUACAUGCGGCUGCUCUUGGGGGACACACUGAAGUGGUCAAGUACCUGCUGAAACAUGGAGCAGAGGUUGAUGAAGCAGAUGGCUCUGGUAACAGUGCUCUCCACAUGGUUUGUUACGCUGGGCAGAGGGCUGUAGCUAGUGAGCUGGUUAACUGUGGUGCCAGUGUUAACCGAUCAAACGUGCGUGGCUGUACACCGCUGCACCUGUCUGCUGCCUCCGCUGAAGGAGCCUUGUGUCUGGAGCUGCUGGUCAACAACGGGGCAAAUCUUCACAUUCCGAAUAAAGCCGGGAAGAGUCCUUUGCAUGUGGCUGCCAUUCACGGACACUUCACCCGUUCCCAGAUACUCCUUCAAAAUGGUGCAGAGGUGGAGUGUGUUGAUAAAUUUGGUCAUACUCCUCUUCACUCUGCUGCUAAACAUGGUCAGGAGUUGCUGAUCACUACACUCUUGAAUAACGGUGCGGAUGUGGCCAGGCGAGGCAUUAAUGGCAUGACUCCAUUGCACUUGGCAGUGUUUUAUGGAUUUUCAGACUGUUGUCAAAAGUUACUUUCCUCAGGGUUUGAUAUAAACACCGUGGACGGCCUGGGAAGGACAUGUUUGCAUGCAGCUGCUUCAGGAGGAAAUGUUGAGUGUCUUAAAUUGCUGUUAAAAAGUGGUGCUGCUUUGAAUAAAAAGGACAAUUUUGGAAGGUCUCCUCUGCACUACACAUCAGUGAACGGCUCGUAUCUGUGUACAGUGGCUCUGGUGAAAGCUGGAGCUGAUGUUAAUAAACUGGAUGUGAAUGGAUGCAGUCCACUGCACUACGCAGCUGCUGCCCAAACCUCACACAGAGUUGAACAGAACUGUCCUGACAGUGAGACAGAUGAAGAAGCUCAGUGGUGUUUGGAGUUUCUUUUGCAGAGUGGAGCUGACCCAACACUGCGUGACAGUAAAGGCUUCGGUCCGGUCCACUACGCAGCUGCCUGUGGUGACAGACACAACCUAAAAUUGCUCAUAGAAAUGUCUUUCAAAUGUGUGGAAGAUGUGGAAAGCUGUGUUCCUGUGAGUCCUUUUCACUUAGCGGCGUAUAAUGGUCACAGUGAGGCUCUUCAGGUGCUGUCCGAAACACUGGUUAGUGUAGACAUACAGGAUCCCAGGGGUCAUACAGCUCUGUAUAUGGCUGCUCUGAGAGGUCACGGCCCCUGUGUGGAGCUGCUGCUGCUUCAAGGGGCUUCGUAUGCCAUCAGGGAGCACAGCCACAGAUGGACACCACUACAUGCUGCAGCUGCCAAAGGUCAAACUGAGUGCCUGCUCAUGAUGUUGAAAAGAGACGAAAAAGAUGACAUAUUUGACCUCAUGGACAUACAUGGACAGACUCCAUUGAUGUUGGCUACACUGGGCAGUCACAUUGACUGUGUCCACAUGCUGCUCGAGAGAGGAAGUAAUCCAGACACUGGAGACAGAAGAAGCCACACUGCGUUGCAUCGCGCAGCAGUAGUUGGUAGUGAAGAGUGUGUCUCGGCUUUGCUGGCGCAUGGAGCCUUCUCUCUGUGCAGGGACGUUUAUGGCAGAAGCCCUUUGCACUUGGCUGCCUCUUGUGGUCACGCAUGGCUGCUGCGUCCUUUACUUGAAGCAGCAUCACUCUCAGACCCCCUCGACUCUCUGCUAGACUACAGUGCCUACACACCUACUCACUGGGCUGCUUACCAUGGGCACAAUGACUGUCUAGAAGCUUUACUUGAAUAUAGGCCAUCAAGCUUUCAGGAAGGAAACUCCUUCACACCACUGCACUGUGCACUAAUUGCUGGUCACGAUGGUGCUGCUCGACUGCUUGUUGAAACUAUGGGAACAAAAAUCAUGAACCUCAUAGAUGGCAAAGGAAGGACUCCCUUACAUGCAUCUGCGUAUGCAGGAAAUGUUGCAGCGCUGCAGUUGGCAUUGACCUGCGGCUCAGAUGUAAACGCGGUCGAUUAUUCAGGGCACUCUCCAUUAAUGCUUGCUGCUGAGAAUGGGCAUACUUCUGCUGUGGAUAUCUUGCUUCAUCAGGCCGGGGCAGACCUCAUGCUGCUGGACAUCAACAGGAACUCAGCACUUCAUAUCGCCUGUAUAAGAAGUCAUGAAAUGUGUGCUCUUCUCAUUCUGGCCGAGAUUGAUGACCCAGCUUUCAUCAAUAGCACAAACACUGCACUUCAAACACCUCUGCAUAUUGCUGCAAGAAAUGGUCUUGCCACUGUGGUUGAGGUGCUGCUUACUCGAGGUGCAAUGGUUCUGGCCACUGAUCAAGAUGGACAUAUUCCGGCUUUGGCAUGCGCACCGAACAAAGAUGUGGCAGACUGCUUGGCUCUUAUAAUUUCCACAAUGAUGCCUUUUUCUGCUGGCACCAUCAGUCUGAUGAAGCACUGUGGCAUUGCUGCAUCCCAUCAGCCCUUGUCCAAAACCGUGCCUAUACAGCUGAUCACAGAGGAACCAUAGAGCUGAGUGGACACCAGAUAAUACACUGAACUCCUUGACUUUGAACUCCUCCUAUCGAUUCAGAAGGUAUUAGAAUGUAUUUUUUAUUGUACAAGUAUCAUACAAUGCUACUGUUUUAGCAUCAUGCAGUAUAUACUGUGACAUAUUCAUUUGUAAUAUCAGUUCAUCUUUAACUGCACCAUUCCAUUAUGUGCUGAAUUACUCCUUUAUGUGUAGCCUAAGAAAGUAACUACAAUAUCUGCUACUGUUUUAGCAUUAUGCUAUAGUAUACAUGGAUAGAAAUGUGUUAAUUUGUGUUUGCAUGUGUUGGGUACUCUAAAUAUGAAUUUAUCAUUUCACUUUUAUCUCAGCUUGAUACACUUUUUUUGCAUUUUUGAAGAGACAAAUUGCGAAAAAUAAAAGCAUAAAAUAAACAAUGUUUAGUCACCCAGCAAACUACAAGACACGAUUCCAUCAAAUAAAUGUUUCACACUCACAGAUUAUGAGCUUCUAGGUUUUGCAUAUUGAAAUCUUGUUUUACAGGCAUAAAUACUGAAAUACGUAACAUUUUUAGCACUUUAAUUAACCUAAAUCUAACCUAAACAAACUAAAUUUCACAAAUUUGCACAGUUUGAGUCACAAACAACUGUGUGUCACAAUAUCACUUAUGCCAUUCAUUAUUUGCUGUAACACUGUGCUUUUUAUUUGUUUAUCAGUAAACAGUUCUAGUAGACUUUAAUCAUCAUUUCAUACUAUUAACUACAGUAGAGUUGAACAAUAUGUAUUUUUAAGCAAAAUAAUUUUUACAUUUUUUAAUUGGAGUAAACGCAUUGGAGAAAAACAAAUGAGAAAUGUAUAUAUCCGAAUGUAGACAUCUAAAUAAUGAUAAAAAUUGACUAAUGUCUACAUUUCUUGUUUGCAUGUAAUAUGGAACAUCUACCUUCUUUACCAUUUUAAUAUCAGCAAAUCUACAGGUUUUUUCUUUUUCUGACAGUUCCUCUGCCUUUUUAAGGCUGCUUUCCUUUUUAGUUCAGUUAAGUAACAGUGUUGCAAGAUUGUAAAUGUCCAAAUAUCAUACCAGAAGCUCAAAAUUAUCGUAUUUGGAAGAAAUUUUUUUGUAUAUGAGUCAAACGUACAGAAUACAGCUAUUUGUCUACCACCAACUUUUUGACAUGACCUGAAAAUUACCAUAAUACCUAGAUAAAUAACUAGACAUACUUUAGUGGGAAGGUCCAGAGUCCCUUUGUGUUACACAGAUUUGAUGCCGUCAUGGACUCGUGAGCUUAAAAGCAGGGCAUGCUCCCGCUUGGGGCAGCUGUGGCCUAAUGGUUAGAGACUUGGACUAGUUACCUGUUGGUCAUCGGUUCGAGUCUCGGUGAUGGCAGGAGUCAAUACCCAUGGCUGAAGUGCCCUUGAGCAAGGCACUGAACCCCCAGUUGCUCCCCGGGUGCUGGAUAUAUAGCUCCCCACUGCUCCAGGGGUGUGUUCAGUUUUCAAUGCUGUGUGUGUGCACUCGGAUGGGUUAAAUGCAGAGCACCAAUUCCUAGUAUGGGUUACCAUACUUGGCAAAUCUCACGACUUUCACUUUCAUCCUUAACAUACUCUGAGGUGUGUACAAUCAAUGAGAAAUUAUUACAACUACCAUCAUUUGAAGUGUCACAAAAUUCUGAAAUAAAUCAUACAUUAUGA